UGGAAGCCGAAUAAAGCGAAACUAGCAGAGCUUCUCUAUAUAUUUACUGACGUCGAGUUUUGUAUCGAGCAUCAAAGCUUGUGCUUUGUAUUCUUGUCCUUCGAAAAAUAUCAUCAUCUAUAUUUUCAGUACCAAACAAAAACCUAAUCAUUCACCAGGUUAAGGAGAGAGAGAGAGAGAGGUUCACGGUGGGUACAGCUAUGGCUUCUGAUCGAUCUCUAUCUUCAUUCCUUCAAAGUCUCAGCUGGGCUUGUCGGGGUGAGUUCCGGUCGGUGAAACCUGUUUUUCGGCAACUGCGUCAGGUUCCGGAAGGUUUCUAGCUUAUUACCCUCCGAUAUUUGUGGCCCAAGACUCCCCAACUUGGCUGAAACAUCAAGAUUUCGAGUCUGCGCGCAAUUUUUUCAAUUGGGUUGGCGUGGAAUUGAGUACUAGUUAAGAUGGGGCACUUAUCAUCCAUGUUCAGUGGACUGGUGAGAUCGUUGUCGAUGAAGAAGGGGAAGAAUAAUUCUGGAUGUAAAUGUAAUGUGAGAGAAGCUGCAGAGGCAAUGGUAAAGGAGGCGAAGAAGAAUGAUUUGAUACUCCGAACUUCUGGAACUGUCAAUGUUGAUGGCUCAAAUAAUUUGGCUUCAGUUUUUAGCAAGAGAGGCCAGAAAGGGAUCAACCAGGACUGCUGCAUUGUGUGGGAGGAAUUUGGUUCCCAAAAAGACAUGAUGUUUUGUGGGAUCUUUGAUGGGCAUGGACAAUGGGGACAUUUUGUGGCGAAAAGGAUCAGAGAAACAAUGCCGCCCGCUUUGUUGUGUAAUUGGCAAGAAACACUAGUAGCUCAUGCUUCACUAGAUCCAGACUUGAAGGAGUUGGACUUGGAAUCAGAUAAAAAGUAUGAUCAGAGGUUUAACAUAUGGAAGCACUCCUAUAUUAAAACUUGUGCUGCUGUCGAUGAAGAGCUUGAGCAAGAUCCUAAAAUCAAUUCCUUUUACAGUGGUACCACUGGUCUCACCAUUGUCAGACAGGGUGAUCUUAUUGUUAUAUCAAAUGUUGGUGAUUCUCGAGCUGUUUUGGGUACAACUUUAGAAGAUGGAAGCUUGGCAGCAAUUCAGCUUACUGUUGAUUUCAAGCCCAAUUUACCUGAGGAGGCUGAGAGAAUAACUCAAAGAAAUGGGAGAGUGUUCAGUUUAGAUGAUGAAACAGGAGUUCAUCGGUUGUGGCUACCUUAUGAAGAGACACCGGGACUAGCAAUGUCCAGGGCUUUCGGCGACUACUGUGUCAAGGACUUUGGACUUAUUUCUGAGCCUGAAGUCACUUACAGAAACAUAACAAGCAGAGAUCAAUUUGUUGUUCUAGCAACUGAUGGGGUAUGGGAUGUGGUUUCGAACGAAGAAGCAGUCGAAAUUGCGGCUUCAACAGCGGAUAGGGAGAAGUGCGCCAAGCGACUGGUGGAAUGUGCAGCUGCAGCAUGGAAAAAGAAAAGGAGGGGUUAUGCAAUGGAUGACAUUUCUGCUAUUUGCCUCUUCUUUCAUUCUUCUUCCUCGUCAUCACAUCAGGUUCACCCCAUUAGUACACCUAAAUAGGCUCAUCAGCAAAGAAUACUGCUAGCUGAUCGAGCUCUCUGUUUAUCUUGUAACUUGUCACUGGAUCAUAGUUCGAUUAGAUAUUUAGUUUGAUAUGCACAAUCCCAAUCAUUGUCAUUCUUACCGGCAUUAUAGAUUUGCUGG